GUUAAACACUAGGAUAAUAUUCUUUCAAGUUAGUUAGUCUUUCGAUUUCGUUCAAAUGAUGUCGUAUCAAAUUCUUUGUGCUUGCGAAUUGAGUAAUUAGUAUUAUAUCAUAAUUGCGAUUUUCUCGCUUGGUUGGAUAAAAAUUUAAUCACUUAAAGUUGAACGUCACCUUCAGCUAUUAAAUGUUAACGAGGAGAUUUUGCGAAUUUCGCCUUAAAAUGUAUCAGAAAAAACCCAUCACAAUAUCGAAUAAGAUAAUUAUAGAAAAGAUUGACGAGGAAGAGUCAGAUACGCAGAUAGGUGAACCUCCUUGGAUAGGCGAAGAGAAAAUCAACGAACUGAUGAAUUUGACUUUUUACAAACCUGAGCAAUAUGAUUGCUAUAAAAACAAUAUUACACGAAUAAAGAAUGUUCUGAAUUUCUUAGUAGAGCAGAGUACAUAUGAGGAUGUAAAAGUGUAUCUUAUGAAACAUAACUUUUUGGAUAUAGCAAUCUAUUUAUUGCAGAAAAAACGGCAUUACAAGAUAAUUAUGAAUAUUUUAAAGAUUACCAUCAAAUUAUGCUAUAAUAAUGAAAUCAUAAACAUAAUAAGCAAAAACAAAGUUUUCGUCAGAACAAUUUUGAGUUUUCUUAAGAAUUGUUAUAAGGAAACAAUAAUAAUAACAGUUAUACAAUUGUUACAAUUAGCGACGUAUGAAAUUUAUAGAAAUUCUGAGUCAGAUUGGAUAGUUCAUUUCAAGGAAUGUAUUUUUUUCGCGAGCAGAAUGAUGUUCCUUCUACAAUUUGGUAUUGAACACAGAUUCACUUUUGUAACCAACAAUACAACUGGUGUAAUGAUAAUGCGUUUAAUCGGAUCUAUGUUUUCGAUAAAUUUACCAGACGAGACCAAUUUUUUGGAACAACUAUUUGAUCUUGAUAAACUAUUUCAUUUGCUGCUAUUAUCUUAUUUAUAUAGAACGAGGACUAUAUUCGAAAUCACUGAAUCUAAUCUCUCAGAGUGGAUCAAACUCUGGCUACGACGUAUAGACAUGCGCCAAAAUCGAAGAGAUACCGAUGUGAACGAAUUUAUUACUAAGCAUAUCGGGACUUAUAGACAGUUUUUUCAUACGUGGCAUUUGAAUAAAGCGAGCACUUGUGGAAAUAAGAAUAUACGUGUUUAUAAUAAUGAACCAGAUUCACAUUACACACAUGAACUUACAGAAAUAGAUUUAGAACCUAUUAAGCUAUUAUACGGUAUUUUAAAUAUGUUAUUUAAACUUCGUUAUAUACCCAAAACUAAAACUUAUGGAGGCAUAAUAAAUUUUUUAAAUGGUAUAUUUUUAACAAUACUUGUUAUUUUAAAUAGAGGUGAACUGUAUUACGGAGAAAAUGAAAUACAUUUCCAAACAUUUAAGAAGUUGUUAUAUCACUAUUGGUUACAUAUUAUUGCACAUUAUACUUGUGAACAAAUUGGACACAUAUUGAAGAAUUUAAUACAAAGUACAAUAGUAAAAGUUGACGACGUUCUUGAAUAUUUAAUGAAUCUUGUACGAUCAGAUUACAAUGUGACAUUUCAGAUGCGUAAAAAAGUGGAGAAAGCCAUAAUUGUAUUUAAUCAAAAUUCAUAACUAAUUAAUGUUGUGCUGAUACGUAUAAUGCAAAAUUGCGAAAUUAUGAAAGAUUAUGUUUACUAAACUUUUAUAUGUUUGCUAUCUAUUUAUUAUAAUUGCUUUUUAUUAAUACACAAAUGUGUGUGUGUGUGUGUGUGUGUGUGUGUAUACCGCAGAGUUCGAAGAGUAGAGGGAGCUAUAAUUGUAUUUAAUCAAAUUCAUAAUUAAUUAAUGUUGUACUUAUACAAAUAAUACAGAAUUGCGAAAUUAUGAAAGAUUA